AUGCCUGUUCUUUCCAAAUGCAUAAACCUUGACUCCUUUAUUUCUUCAGCAAACAACCAAAAACUACGCGAUUCUGCUAUAAAGCUUUUCAAUAUUUACAAAACAAACAGAACCUCUAUAGGUUGGUCGAUAUGGAUAUUUGCCAUUAUUUUACUUUACGGUCGAGGAAAAACUGGUGCUGGCAGAGGCGAGGGUGCUAUUAGUAAGAAAGAUAAGCGUGAAGCGAGAAGAACUGGUGCUAUGACUGAGUCGGAAAUUAAGAAACAGAAAGUCGCGGUUGAUCAUGUGUUUUAUGAGCGUUUAAGAAAGUUACUGAAAAUUGUGAUUCCGGGAUAUAAAUCAAAAGAGUUUUGGCUGUUGAUUGUUCAUUCUGGGUUUCUAGUAUUCCGUACUAUACUCUCAGUAUAUGUAGCGACACUAGAUGGUCGAAUUGUUAGUGCAUUGGUGCGAAAAAACUCUAAAGAAUUUUUGGGUGGAAUUAUAUUAUGGAUGUUGGUGGCUAUACCUGCUACUUAUACCAAUAGUAUGUUGACAUAUAUGCAAAAUAAAUUGGCAAUACAAUUUCGUACACGACUCACAAACUAUAUCCACGACCAAUACUUAUCUGAUAUGACAUUUUACACGAUUGGAAAUUUGGAUGAUCGAAUUAAAAACGCUGACCAGUGUAUUACUGUAGACACCAUGAAAUUCUGUAACUCAUUCUCCGGUCUAUACUCGAACCUUGCAAAACCAAUAUUGGACACAUUUAUCUAUAACGUUCAGUUAUCUCGAAGUGUGGGCGGUGAAGCGUUAUUUGGUGUGUCACUAAUGGUACACUUCUCGUCAGUGUUACUACGAGCACUGACUCCGCCUUUCGGGAAGAUGGUAGCAGAGGAACAAAAACUAGAGGGUGAAUUUCGAUUCACUCACUCGCGUAUUAUCGAAAACGCCGAAGAAAUUGCACUAUAUGCCGGUCACAGUGUUGAAAAAACGAUACUGGAUCGAGCCUACUUUGCAUUAAUCAAACAUAUUAAUAGAAUAUUUAGGAUGCACAUCUUUCAUGGGAUGAUGGAAGAUUUUAUUAUAAAGUAUUUGUGGGGGGCUAUGGGACUUGUGUUGUGUUCGGUGCCGGUAUUUUUCACAGUGCCGGGUAUAAAGAAGAAUGAUCUUGGCAGUAGAACUGAAGGAUUUGUAACUAAUCGUCGAUUACUAUUAAGCGUUUCUGAUGCUUUUGGCCGUAUAAUGUAUUCUUACAAGGAAAUCACCGAGCUGGCUGGAUAUACUGCCCGUGUAUCUGAACUCCUCGACGUAUUUAACGAUGUAAAAGCCCAUCGUUUCCGUAAGCAACUAGUCGCCUCCGCAAAACAACCAGAAAAUGCAGAAGUAUUAUCUAACCAUGGCGAAGUUAUCGAAAGUGAAAACAUACAAUUCGAUAAUGUUCCGAUUGUGUCGCCGAGUGGCGAGGUUCUGUUACGAAGUCUGAGUUUUUAUGUGAAACCUGGUAUGCAUUUGUUAAUCAUAGGUCCGAACGGAUGCGGAAAGAGUAGUCUGUUCAGAAUUUUGGGUGGAUUGUGGCCUGUUUAUGGCGGUACUGUACAUAAGCCAAACCCGAAAGAUAUAUUCUAUAUUCCGCAACGACCAUAUUUGUCACUGGGAACUUUACGUGACCAAAUCAUUUACCCACAUACAAUUCAAGAGAUGCAUGAACGCGGUUAUACAGACGAUAAGUUACAAGAAAUUCUAGAAAUUGUGCAGUUGAAUAAAAUUGUAGAACGGGAAGGUGGUUGGAAUAAAGAACGAGAAUGGAAGGAUUCUUUAGCUGGUGCAAUGGCACGACUAUUUUAUCACAGCCCGAGAUAUGCAAUCUUGGAUGAAUGUACGAGUGCUGUGAGCAUGGAUAUUGAAAAAAUUAUGUACACACAUGCAACAGAACUCAACAUUUCCUUAUUGACUGUGUCGCAUCGCCCAUCACUAUGGAAAUAUCAUAACUUUAUUCUACAAUACGAUGGACAAGGUGGCUACGUAUUCACAAAACUAGACGCCGAGCGCAGAUUAGCUCUACAAGAAGAGAAACAAACGCUCGAACAAAAAUUAGUCGAGGCGCCGAAAUUGCAAAAAAGGCUAGACGAACUGAAAUCGAUGUUGGCCGAACGAGAUUCUUUGCAGCAUAGUGCGACUACUACGCCGUAUCAUCAGGAAGGUGAUAUAGUGCCUUUUAGCCUUUCAUAG